AUGAAGGUUAUCGCAGAUCUCUGUGUUGUUCCAAUGGGAGUCGGUGUCUCGGUCUCGAAAUACGUUACUGCGUGUGAAAAAGUACUGAAGGCAGCAGGUUUGGAGACAAAACUACACGCUUACGGCACCAACAUUGAAGGCGAGUGGGAUGUUGUAUUUGCAGCAAUUCGGCGGUGCCAUGAGGUUGUCCAUGAGAUGGGUGCACCCCGAAUCACAACGACGCUCAAGUUUGGCACCCGAAUUGACAGAACGCAGACAAUGGAUGAUAAGGUUAGCAGUGUCCAAAAUCAGUUAGAGACAGAAUAA